GCAUAUCAUUCCAUCACUUCCAUCUUUAAAUUAUCAAUUUAAUGAUAAUGGCUUUCACAGCUGAAACUACUUCCAGGUGUGAUGAAAUGGUGUUUUCAGUGGAGUCUCAGAAGACAGUUCCUGCUCCUUUUCUGACGAAAACAUACCAACUUGUUGAUGAUCCUCUCACUGACCACAUUGUGUCAUGGGGUGAAAAGGAAACCACUUUUGUUGUAUGGAGACCUCCUGAGUUUGCCAGAGAUCUUCUUCCCAACUACUUCAAGCACAACAAUUUCUCAAGCUUUGUUAGGCAGCUUAAUACCUAUGGCUUCAAAAAGAUAGUUUCGGAUAGAUGGGAGUUUGCAAAUGAGUAUUUCAGAAAAGGAGCGAAGCAUUUACUAUCAGAGAUCCACAGAAGGAGAACACCCCAGAAUCAUAAUUAUCACCACCAAGUAAACUACCAUGAGCAACUAAUUCAUUUUCUUCAACCAGAUGAGAAAAAAUUUUGUUGGGUAGAAUCUCCACUGCCAUCGGCAAACAAUAAACCUCCCGCCGAUAUUCUGACAGCACUCACUGAAGAUAAUCAACGUUUGCGCAGAAGAAACUGCAUGCUUUUAUCUGAACUCACUCACAUGAAGAACCUCUACAAUGACAUUAUCUUCUUCAUUCAGAAUCAUGUAAAACCAGCCGUUCCCUACGAUCACUACAACUAUGCAGAACCUAGGCUCAGACAAUUGGUUACUAUAAAUCAAGGAGUGGUUAAGUCGUCUUCAGUGACUGUAACUGAGGAGCCCAACAGUAGCUUGAAGCUCUUUGGGGUUGCUCUAAGGGGAAAGAAGAGACUACAUCCAGGAAAGGUAGACGAGGAAGAACUUGAAUAGUGAAUAUGAGGUUCCUCAUUUGGUUAGUCCUUUUCGUUGUCAAGUCAGCUAGCUGUAGUUGUACUUUCGGCGAGGCUGAAUUUCAUAGAGAAGGCAGCAGUCUGUAGAUAAGUUGAAUUAAUGAAAGUAAUUAAGCUAGCUACUUAAUA